AUGGUGAAACUCGCACUUCUUUUUAAGGCAGAACUUGAAAACGUAACCGACGUUGGUCCAGGUGACGACGAUUAUGAAUGGCAUUUUAAGGUAAAAUGUACGAGUUGUAACGAAGUCAAUAACAACUGGGUUGGAGUAAACCGACUUGAUCAAAAUGAGAUACCAGGGUCAAGAGGAAAAGCGAAUCUCGUAAUGCGUUGUAAAUUCUGCAAACGCGAAAGUUCGGCUCAAUUUGACCCGUCUCCGGUUAAACCUUAUACAAUUGAGAGUAGUGGAAAUUUUGCUCAAAUGAUAACUAUUGAAUGCAGAGGAUUGGAAUUAAUUGAUUUUGAACCAAGAGCGAGAACCAAAUUCGAAGAUAUUGAUCUUACAGAUGGAGAUUGGGCUGAAUAUGAUGAAAAGGGUGGAAUUCCCGUUGGAAUAUCGGAAGUACAGGCAAAAUUUAAACGCGAUUAA